ACAUGACUAAGCUUAGCAUCUAAGCUUCAGUUAGAAACCAAUUAUGCUCCUACUAAAGAGAUUAUGCUUAAUAAUGGAGACAGAAAGUCUUAACGUUGGGGUGAUGCGACUGAUGUCAAUUGAUUAAUGUUGGACGACUUUGCUGUGAGCCUAUGACAGAACAAAAGACUGUCCCAGAUGAAACGUGCAUGACCAAGCAGAAUGCAUUUCUAGUACUUCCAAGCUUAAUUCCAACUUCCACCUAAGGGUCCUAAAUAUAUAAUAAGUUGACAGCUUCUCCUAGCUGCAAGUAGUUUUGAAAAUUAAAGAUGCUAAUUUCUCAGAUCUGAGGAAGUCUCCUCCACUGACAUGUCCUCUAUCAUAGUAUCAUAUAUUAUAAGUUGUAACUCUGUCUCUUACCAUUAGUUUUGAGCCUCAGUUUAUGAACCUCUCUAUAUCAUGUUGUUGACAUUUAUAUUUCCUUUCUAUUGUUCCUCUCCUGCUUGUUAUUGAGAUACCGUUUUGUUCUUCUGGCUUUCAAUGGCUUCAACCUCCCAAGUAGCCCCUGCAUCAUCAAUUCCUUCAUCAGCUCCUUUCUGCAAGUAUGAUGUGUUUUUAAGUUUUAGGGGUAAAGAUACUCGCAAGGGUAUAACAUUCGAAUUAUACGAUCGACUGCAAAAUAGGUGUGGAAUUAAAAUAUUCAUGGAUGACCAAGACCUUGAAGUAGGGGAUGUUAUUUCUCCAACUCUCCUUGCGGCAAUUGAAGAAUCAAGGUUUGCAAUUGUUGUUCUCUCACAAAACUAUGCAUCUUCUCCUUGGUGUUUGGUGGAACUUGCAAAGAUAUGUCAAUGCAUGAAAGACAAUAAGAGAAUUCUGCCACUUUUUUAUCACGUCGAUCCCUCUGAUGUACGAUAUCAAAAGAGGAGUUUUGAGGAGGCAUUCACUAAGCAUGAAAUUUCUGGGAGACACAGAGAAGAGGUGCAGCAAUGGAAAGAUGCUUUGAAGAAAGUGGCCAAUUUUUCGGGUUGGCAUACACAGAAUUAUAAGACUGAAAGAGAACUUAUUGCAGCCGUUGUGGAAUCUAUGUGCAGUAAAAUACGGCCUGGUGAAACUAAGUUUACAAUGUCUCAGGGAGAUUUUGAAGCUUAUGAAGCAACGACAGAAGCCAUGAAUGAGGUUAUGAAGGCCCUAAAAGAUGAUGAAGUCACUGUCAUAGGACUCUAUGGAAUCGGAGGGGUGGGAAAGACAACCAUGGUGGAACAUGUUGGUGCACAAGCCCGCAGUACAGGGAUUUUUCAUUAUGUGAUUAUGGCCGUUGUAUCCCAAAGCCCUGACUUCAGAAAAAUUCAAGGAACAUUGGCAGAUCUGUUGGAGGUCAAAUUAGAGGGGGAGACAGAAAUUGGAAGAGCUAGUAGAUUACAGAAGGAGAUAAUUAGAAGAAAUAAGGUCCUUAUAAUUUUGGACGACAUUUGGGAGAUGAUAGACUUGUCCAAACUAGGAAUUCCUACCUAUGCCAAGCUCCAAAGAUGCAAUUCCAAAAUCCUACUCACCACAAGGAGAUUGAAUGUUUGUCAUUCUAUGGAGAGCCAAAUAAACAUCCCUCUCAAUAUCUUAUCAGAAGAAGAUUCUUGGAAAUUGUUUGUGAAGACAAGAAAGUCUUUUGAAAAAUCGACUUAUUUCUAUGAUAUUGCAAGGAAGGUCGCCAAAGAAUGUGCUGGUCUACCAAUUGCGUUAAUAGCUGUUGCGAGGGCACUUGGAGAUAAAGAUUUGGAUGAAUGGGAGGCAGCAGCUCAACGACUGAAGGCUUCUCAACCUGUCCACCCUGAAGAUGAUGGGAAAGUUGUUUUGAAAUGUGUCAAGUUAAGUUAUGAUUACUUGAGAUCUAAUGACGCCAGAUCAUGCUUCUUACUUUGCUGCCUAUUUCCAGAGGAUUAUGAUAUCCCAAUUGAGGACUUGCUGGGGUAUGGGCUUGGCAAUGGAGUAUUUGAACACUGCAACACAUUGCAAGAGGCCCGUGCCGCUGCUCAUUCAGAGGUCAAGUACCUUAAAGCUUCUAGCUUGCUUUUGGGCGGUAAACUUGACGAACAAGUUAGGAUGCAUGAUGUCGUUAGGGAUAUGGCCAUACUAAUUUCGUUCUCUGAAGACAGCCAACGGUUUUUUGUGAAAGCUGGUUGUGAAUUAAAGAAUUGGCCAAAGAUUAAUACACAGAACGCCUACUCUGCGAUCUCACUAAUGUGGAAUGAAAUCCGCAAGCUACCAAAAGAGUCGGUAUGUCCAAGACUUCAGAUUUUAUCACUAAGGCAUAAUGUUGAUUUGAAUGAGAUCCCAGAACCCUUUUUCUUAUGUCCGAGUGCAUUAAGGAUCUUGGAUCUGAGCGACACAAGUAUUUCUAUAUUACCCCGGUCAUUUAGUCUCUUGACCAACCUCCAAGCUUUGUAUUUAGAUUUUUGCGAAAAAAUAACUGACAUUUCCAUAGUUGGACAACUUGAGAAGCUUGAGAUUCUUAGUAUGAAAGAGUAUACUCUCAAAGAGUUGUCAAGAGAAAUAGGAGGUUUGACCAAUCUAAGGAAGUUGGAUGUCAGUUUUGAUAGUUCUCGGUUCGGAGGUAUGGUCACAAUUCCAUCUGAAGUUAUAUCAAAGUUAGGUAAAUUAGAAGAACUGUACAUGUUGUACUGUGGAUUUUGGCAUUGGGGGAGUAAAGUUCUGGGAGGAGGAGAAGAUACUAAUGUUGACUUUGCUGAGAUAACUCGCUUACCAUACCUGAACAUAUUGACAGUUUGCAUAUCUGAUGCAAAAUGCAUCCCGAAUACUGUUGAGCUGGAUCCGAAUUGGGUUUACUUUGAUAUAUGUAUCAGCAGAGGCAGAAGAAUGAUACCUAGUCAGUCUCAAUAUGGUCAUAACAUACGAUCUUUGAUCCUUGACAAAACCAUCAGUACCUUGCCGUAUUGGUUUGUGAACGCGGUGACAAAGAAAUCAGAGAAGCUAGAGUAUGAAGACUGCAGAGAGUUAGAUAACAUUCUUGUGGAACAUGAUCAUGGGAUGUUACAUGGACUGAAGCAUCUCUCUGUAAGUGGUCCGUGUAAGAAGUUGCAGGAGUUGAUGAACACAAGAACUGGGGUUCCUAAUAAACCAGUGUUCGAGAACUUGGAGGAGUUGCACUUGUAUGGACUGGAUUGUUUGAAGGAGUUAUGUGUUGGUAAAUUACUACCUGGUUCCCUACACAAUUUGAAGGUAUUACAUGUCUCUAGUUGCUGUGAUUUGAAAAAUGUACUUUUACCAUCAAACUUGUUACAGCGUCUACCAAAUCUGGAGAGAUUAAUUUGUCAUGCUGUGGCUAGCAUUAAACAUGUGUUCGGAUGUGAAGAGUUUGAGGCAGAACAAUCAAAACUAAGAGAGAUGAAGUUGUUGAAUCUAGAUGCAGUAAGAAGCAUAUGUAAUGUUCCAGAUCGACCUGCAAUGUUCCAGAAUCUCAAGAGCCUGUUCCUUUACAAAUGCAAGUUUAUGCGAAAUAUUUUCACAUCUGAUGUAGGUCAUUGUCCUUUUCAAUUGGAAGACCUUUUUGUAGAGAGUUGCCCUUGCUUUGAAGGAGUAAUUAAAGCAGGCAAGGAAACCAUGAACACCAAAAUCCUUCUUCCGAAAUUGAAGAACUUAGUUUUGGUGGAUCUUCCUGUGUUGUACUUUGGCAGGGAUACUAUUGAUAUCAACUGUCCUUCACUGGAUCACGUUUAUGUCAAGCGCUGCCCCCUGUUUCCGUUUUCCACCUUUUCUUCUAAAUUAUUCAGCAGGAUCCAUUUCAAUGAUAAACAACAUUACUACUUUCUUCGGAAGAGAAUGCUGGAAGAGUUUGGAGAAGACAAAUGCUUAUAGAGAGCGGAGAAGAACAUUCGCGAGUGGUAGUACUUAAUCUAUCGACAAUCUUCACCAGUUCAUACGGUGGAUUCUGUAUAGAU